AUGCCCUGGCGUCGGCGUGCAGCCUGCGUCCCUAGCUGCGUCGUGGAGGUGGAGGCGGCGUGCGUCAUGGAGGUGGGAGGCGGCGUUAGGGACUGGGAGAUCGUCGUCGCAGCUGUCGUCGUUGGAGGGGUCGUGGGAAGGGAGGGGAGGGGAGAUGCUGCAGGGACUGGGGCGGCGGCGGUGGGGGAGGAUGGAGGGGAGCACCUGUCUGCAUUUGCUGCCGUCGUCACACCGUCGGCGAUAAUGGCGUCGUCGUCGUCGUCGGCCCCUGAUCUGACGGUGGCGGACGAGGAUGUCCUCGAGUGCGGUGUCUGCUUCCUCCCGCUGAAGCCACCCAUCUUCCAGUGCGCCCGGGGCCAUGUGUUGUGCUCGCCAUGCUCCGACAAGCUCAGGGACGCCGGCAAGUGCCACCUGUGCGGCGUCGCCAUGCCCGGCGGCUACCAACGGUGCCACGCCAUGGAGCGCGUGGUGGACUCGGUCCGCACCCCGUGCCCGCGCGCGCCCUACGGCUGCGAGGCCAGGCCCCUGUACCACGCGCUCCAGGACCACGUCCUGGCGUCGUGCGCGCACGCGCCGUGCCACUGCCCUGCCGCCGCCGCUGCCGGCGAGCCGGCGGCGUGCGGCUUCAAGGGCUCCAUACCUGCGCUCCUAGACCACGUCGGCGGCGCGCACGGCUGGCCCUGCACGACGGCGCGCUACGGCGCGCCGUCCUGCUCCGUCCAUCUCCGCGACGGGUUCAACUUCUUCGUGUCCCACUCCCACAACGUCGACGAGCAUGGCAGGAGGUACCUUUACCUGUUCAACGUCGUCCGCCAUGGCUUCUGCCGUGCCGCGUCGGUGAUCCGUGUCUGCCCUCGCGUCCCCGCGGUGAAGAGAGUGAAGCUCGUGCUCUCAUUCUCAUACCCAAAGAAGCGCGAAGGGAUGAACGAAACCCUUGUCAAUGAUCAGUUCUUCCAUGAGCAGAGAAUAGAGUUCAGAGUGGCGUGCUCUGAUCUCUCCGAUGGUUUGCCCGACAGCUAUCAGCUCAUUGUGUCCAAAUACUUGCUCAGAGACGAUGACGACGAUAUGGUAGUUGUCGUUAAGCAGAUUUUCAGUAGUGUUUGA